AUGGCGAGAGGCGUGGCUCCCGUCCCCGCUGCGACGUCGUCCAGCAGAGUCAGGAACAAGAAACUCUCCUACAGGCAGAAGCUAUGCGUUCAACGUGGCUCGCAUCUGCUCAACGCCGCCACUUCGGUGGUGGCCGGGCCCGAGCCCGAGUUUGAAGGUCAGGAACAUGCCCAGGACUCCAAUCUUGGUGUCGACGCCAGCGAGAUCUCGGAGCACCAUCUCCAGGCCGCGCUCUCGUCCAACCAGCUUGCUACGUCCGAGGCCAAUGCCGAGGCGGCCAAGGCUGCCUACAGCAUUCCUGUGCCUGAUGCGCAUGGCACGCUAUCCAACGCCGAGUUUGCACAACUCUACCCCUCGGGCGUCUACUCGGAUCCAGUUACCUACAUCCGCUUCUCCGAGACGGUCGAGGACUGCAUCAAGGGUCCCAGCUAUGACAUGGACGAAGAUGACCAGGAUUGGCUCGACACCCGCAACGCCAAGGCGCAGGAGGCCCUGACGGCAGCCAUCCGCAGUGCCAAGACGGGUCCUCUGGCAAGCAGUGGCGCCAAGGGCAAGGGCAAGGAGAAGCUCCGUGAAGAGGCCAUCGAGAAGCUCGUCGCCGAAAAUCAGGGCAGCUACCGCUUGCUUUCCGAGGAUCAGUUCGAGAUGAUCAUGACGGUCUUCGAGCAGGUCACCAACGAGCAGGUCCCCUUCCUCCACCUGGACGUCACCAAGAUUCCGACGUGCGAAGAGCUGGUGGCGUACUUCGAACCGUCAUCCUCGAUCUCUGCCCAGGCUCAGCCGGACCUGCCGGAGCUCAGUUGGGAGAAGACGGUCUCCAGUUCGAGUUCGGGCUCGAGCUCGGGAUCAUCAUCCCAAGCUCGCCGCCCUUCCGUCGCUGCGGCUCGCUCCAAUGCGUCUCCGUCCUCGCCAACCGAAUGGUCGCCCUCAAAUCCCUUCAAGAAUCUGGCCGAUCUCAAGAAUCUCGCAACGAUCGUCUAUCCGCACUGGAAGAGCCGUCGCGAGGACCGCGAAGGGCGAUCGGUUGCUCCCAUUCUCAACUUCGACGAGACCAACGACAACGACCCUUACGUCUGUUUCCGCCGACGUGAGGUGAAGCAGAUCCGCAAGACGCGAAAGACGGAUGCGCUUCACAUCGAAAAGAUGGUUCGUCUGCGCGCGGAGCUCGAGCAUGCUGUGGCGUUGACCGAGCUGGUCGCUCAACGAGAGAAGACCAAGCGCGCCUCGUUGCGGCAAAGCCGAGAAUGCUGGGAGAACGUCAAGGAUCUCAUGGACAUCAAGCGGCAGUGGGGCAUCGUCGGUCCGCAGCAGGGGUUGGAAGACGAAGAGCUCAUUUCCGGCGAGCGCAGAGAUCCGACGCAGGCUGCUUCCGGGCCUGCGAAGAAGAAGCGCAAGGCCGACGAAGCGGCUGCGACUAUCAAGCUUGCUGGCCGCAAGUCACGGACAGGCGAAGGCGACGGUGCCUCUGCGACUGCUUCCGCUGCAGGCGUGUCUGGUAUGGGUUCCGCCAUUCUCGAGCGCGUGCACGCAGUCCAAGCGUACAUCGAGCGCGAAUGCCUGCGCAAGGCCGACUCCGAUCUUGGCUGGGAGGAAGGCAGCGACGCAGCCUUCCAGCCUAUCCCGGCGCCAGCACCUCUGCGCGCAUUCAGGCCCAUCCACACCGAGUCCUCCGACGACCCGCUGCCGUUCUCGCCUCUCUCGACUCGCGCUGGUCGUCCGCCCUCGUUCCGCAGACGCCUUGGUCGUGGCGGACGUGUCUUCCUCGACCGACGCCUUCCCGUCCCCAGCCCCGUCCCCACAAAUCUUGCCGAUUGGCCGCGUUACGGCCGCACGAGGUCCGAACUGCCGGGCACCGAGUCACGGUCCUCGACCACGGCCCGGUCCGCUGACACAUUGUCGGUGCCAGAGGCGUCCCCCGCUCAAUCGACAUCGCCUAGCAAGACAUUGAUGGGUCCCUUUGCAUUCUCGCCGGACGUACAUCCCCAAUUGCUUGCCUCCACGUCCCACCCGUCCGUUCAAUCGGUGCUCAACCAGAGCACCGACGCUUUUGGCGGCCCCUUUGCUCGCAGCGGUCCGUUUGCCGGCCCUGCGAGCACCUCCGACUCGCACGACGAGACACCGGGCUCGCAACACUCGGACGCAUCCAGCACGUCUUCCGACUCGAGCGACCGAUCGCGGCUCAGUGGCACCUCUGUUGGUGUUGUUAGCACACAGGCCACCGAGGUCGGCGACAUCGACAUGCUCGGCCUCGACGAGGAACACGAGAAGGAAUCCGAAGAGCGCGCUGGUGCCUCUGGCGACAGCGACAGCUCGGAAGACGAACUUUCGGACCCCGAACGCCACCUGCAACGAUGGGUCAAGAUGGAGGAGCGAUGGAGGUACGACGACGAGGCUGGCCGUUUCGCCGGCCUCGGUCUCACUGCGCUUGGAGGCAUGGAGGACGACGAUGAAGCUGUGCUCGACGACUUUGACCAGAAGUUCAUGCGGUACAGGAUGACGCUUCUGGAGGAAGCCGACCUGCUCAGGCUGUCGACAGAUCUGACGAAUCUGCAGCAAGCGCAAGCUGCUGCUGAAGCUCCGCCCCCGAAGCCCGCAGGCUACGUGGAGCAACCAGCAUCGUCGACGUCAUCUGCUGCCGUAGCGAAAGCGGCCGCCACGUCCAAGACGAAUGGCGCGCCGGCUGCCGCCCCGACCGCCACUUUGCCUGGCCUGCCAACCGCUGCGACUCUGCCGAUGCCCUCGGCGGCGCGUACCGCGGCGGCGACCGGUGGAGGCGGUUCGCAGAGCGCACUUCAAGCACAGCAGCUGCAGGCUCAGCAGGCACAACUGCAGAUGGCCAUCCUGCAACAGCAGCAACAGCAGCAACAACAGGCAGCCGCAGCCGCGGCACAGGCACAGGCGCAGGCGCAGGCAGCAGCGGCGGCAGCACAAGCGCAGGCUCAGCAAGCGGCUCUCCUGCAACAACAGCAAAAGCAGCAGCAGCAGCAACUGCAGCAGCAGCAACAGCAGAUGCAGGCGCAAGCCCAGGCCCAGCCUCAGACUCAACAGCAACAGCCGCAGCAACAGGCGCAGACCAUGGGCGCUCAGCAAGGUGUUGCGCAGCAGCAGGCACUGCCGCAACCGUUCGGCAGCCAGAUCAUGUCGCUGUCGCACAACAACUCGCAGCAGGCCCAGCUGGCUGCGUUCGCUGCAGCACAGCAACAGUUGCAAGCGGCCCAACAGGCCGCACAACAGCAGCAGCAACAGCAGCAGCAGCAACAACGCCGGAUCAGCGGUGUGACGGCUCAGCAGCAGCAAACGCAACAGCAGCAGAUCGGGCUGCCGGUGCAGAUGCAGAUGCAGAUGCCGAUCCAGCUGCAGAUGCAGUUGCAGAUGCAAAUGGCCGCUGCUGCGGCGCAGGGUCAGACGCACUUGCUCGGCCAGUCGAUGCCUUUCGAUGCCACGUCCAUCCAAGCUCAGAUGCAGCAGGCGCAACAGCAGUUGGCGAGGUCGAUGCCGGCCCAGAGCAUGGCUCACUCGUCGCCGAUGCAGUCGAACGCCUUUACGGUGCCAAACCCGCAGCCGUUUGGGAUGAACCUGAGCCUCAACAUGAAUGGCAACGCUGGCAGUCCGCCGAUGCAGCACGCAAGGGUAAGCUCACAGCCACAGCAACACGUCGGUCGCACCUCGGCAUCUCCUGUUUCGUCAGCGACUAACGGACAAAACACUGGUCGGACCAACCCUUCGCCCGUCAUGCAAGCAGGGAUAGUCAUGCCGCAGCAAGCAGGACAGAUGCAGCAGGCCCAGCAACAGCAGCAGCAGGCGCAGCAGGCAGGUGCAAUGAACCUCAAUCUGAGUCUCGCCGCAGCGCAGAUGAAGAACGGUGCACCCAACUUGCAGCAGCUGCAAGCGCUACAGCAGGCGCAGAUGCUGCAGGCGCAGCAGGCUCAGCAGGGCAACCUGACGGCUGCUCAGCUCAUGGCCAUGAAGGCGGCUCUGGCGCAGAAUGCGAAUCUGCAGCUGCGUUUGCCUCCCAAUCGGGCUCUGCAGAUCGCACAGCAGGCUGCCCAGGCAGCUAUGGGUGCGCAGCAGCAGCAGCAACAACAGCAGCAGCAACAGCAGCAGGCCCAGGGUGGCGGGAGCGCCUCCAAUCAAGGCUCGCCCGCCAUGUCGCGCGCUUCGACGGCAGGAUCGCCUCGAUUCGCAGCCAACGGCAUCGCGGGUGGGAUGGCCGGAAGCUCGCCCGUGCAGAACGGGACGUCCGCAACGACGAACGCAACCAACUCGCCGUCUCCGCAGAUCUCGGCCGCCAACCGAGCCGCGAUUGCCGCGGCGACGAACGCAGCGAAUGCCAAGAUGAUGGGGCAGUCGCCGGUUUCGUACCACGCGUCGCCUGUGCAGGCCAACCUGAGCCUGCAGGCGACGCAGCAGCAGCAGCUCAAGAACGCGGCUGCAGCCGCAGCCGCAGCCGCUGCUGCUGCGGGUGCCAACGGUGGAGCUGGGUCGCCGCAUCUUGCGACGCGGGCCUCUCCUCAGACGCAGCAGGGCUGA